AUGGUGUCCGAUACGUUGAGGAGGAUAGUAAAAACCUAUAUCCUUGACAAGAGCACCAUGUGGAAGAGGUUGAUCAAGUGCGCUGUAGCCUAUGAAAUCGCAACCAUCAUGCUCCUUAUCCAUCCAGUUCUCGACGCCUUUGGAAAUGUUCCCUACUUGUUGAUAUUGGCAACGUUGUUUUUUAAUCCUGCAGGCACCAUUGGUUUCCAAAUAGUCGAAAUAUUCCUCAACAUGAUGUACCUCGUACCAACAGCCAUAUUCAUUGCCAUCAUCCAAUACUGCCUUGCUUUAUACAACAGCGCAUUAGCGAGGGGCGUACCUCUUUACAGCAACGGUGCAGGCGUCAUUGCAGCUGUCUCUUACUUUGUGUGUGUCUACGGCAUCGCUUUCACUCGAGUCAAAUACCCACGCCUAUUUCAAGCAGCCAUGCAAGGCAUGCCGUUGCCAUUCUUUUGUCUCACUCGUGACAUUUAUUCGACCGAAUUUAAUGUGUUGGUACCUGCUGGUAUUGUUUACCCUAUGGCGAUCGGUGGCUGUAUCACAUUACUUGUCAACAUGUGCCUGUGGCCCGAAACGGCUAUCAAGGCUUCAGAGGUGUCACUCGGGAAAAGUUUAACAGCUCUACGAAGCGUGCUCGAAUUUAUGAUGGACAACGAGACCGCUAUCACCACAAGUGAACAUCUCAAAGGCUUGGUUGGAUCAUUACAAGGUGCCGUUGAUGGUCUUCGCAAAGCACAACGUGAAGCCAAAUAUGAGGUGGCAAUAGCACGAUACCCACCACUCGCUUAUAAGCCGAUAUCGCAUACAUUGGAUCGCUUGGCUGAUCAUAUGUAUGGCAUGCAGCUUGCGUUAGAACGUACGAGCCAAAUCAUGUUGAAUCCACCCACAUCAUUCAGUAACAAUGAAGCUUUAAACGACGACGUCGAAGAAGAUGAGGAAUUGACGGUGGUGACACGACUUGAAUUUAAGCACCUGACUCGGGUACAUGAUGCUAUACAACCUGCUAUGCGUACAUUUAUGAGCCAUUGUGUCGACAUGUUGGGUCGUAUCCAGAAUUCCCUUGCUAGCAAUAGAGCUAUCCCUCGAUCCAUGUCUGUUGAAAAGCCUGGUGAAGAAUUACAAGAACAUGUAGCUGUGGAAGACGCAUUGAAAACAUUACAAGAGCAUUGCGAUCUCGCCAUGCAAUAUGAAUAUCGACACACACGUCCCGCUGAGGAACAUUUUUUGGUAUACACAAUCAUGUAUACUUUGGUUGAAUCAGGACAAGAGCUUGUCAACUUGGAGCAGCAAGUGAAUGAUCUCUUGUCAAACAAAAAGAGCGGCAAAUGGCGUAUCUUUUUCCCAAAGAUGGCAUUGCGUAAAUGGUUGAGCCGCACCAGCGAAAGUGAAAAAGGCGUACGUACCGCUGAUGAAGAUGUUGUCUUUGCCAAGGAUCGUAUGGAUGAAAAGGAGAAGCGUAUGGAGCAAGAAGAAGGUGAUGAAACCCAUUUUGUUCCAUUGCAUAAUGCACCAGGCAAGCAUUUCUAUAACCGAAUCCUCUAUCGCGUCGUCAGCUUCUUGCAAAGUCCACCUGCUCGUUAUGCACUUAAAUUCUCUUUGGCGUGUGAAUUGCUUGCAUUGAUGGCAUGGAUUCCUGUACCUGGAUUGAGUGACUUUUACACCAACAACCACGGCCAAUGGGCAAUGCUUUCAGCCAUGACCGUAUCCAACUACACCAUUGGCUUGACAAUUCAAUCCUGUAUCUUUCGUGUCGUAGCAACAGCUAUUGGUGGUGUUUGUGGAUACUUGACAGCAUUAGCAUCUCACCGCAACGAGGAUCCCUACGUAUUUGCUGUGCUUAUUGGCAUAUUCCAAAUCCCCAUGUGGUACACGCUCUUCAACAGCCGCACCUAUGCACGACUUGGAUUCAUUUCGUUACUCACAAUGGCCGUCAUCUCUUCCACCGAUUAUACCAACUUUUAUCAUGAAACCUUGGUUAGUUCUUUAUGGAAGCGUAUCGUUACUGCAGCAGCUGCAGCCGUUGUGUUGAUGGUGGUCGAUCAAUUGUUUUGGCCUGUAUGGGCACGCAAGCUUCUUUUGGAGAACUUUGCAAAGUUGCUUACGGACACUGGUAUCCAAUACGCCAAGGUCACUUCAGCAUUUAGCCAACAAAACACCGCAUCGCCACGCUAUAUUGCUACCAAGGAGAGCAUCAAAUUUCAUGCACAUGUGUUACGAUCCCAAUUUGAUGGGACUUCUCAGAUGCUUACUCUUUCCGGCCCUGAACCAAGAUUGACCAAGGCACCUUUCCCAUUACAAGAAUAUAGAAAAUUGCUUGAGUUGGAGAAGAGGAUGCUUUAUUGGAUUCGACACAUGGCACAAGCAGAGUCCAAGAUCACUCCUCGCGUGCGAGAGUUGCGUGCUCCUGUUGCUGAAUUACGUAAGGAGAUGGCUGGCAAUGUACACCUUUACAUGUUUACGCUUGGAAGUUGUAUUCGUGCUCGUUGUGCUCUUCCCGCCAUGAUGCCUUCAGCAGAAGCAGCUAGACAAGUCCUGCAAAAACGACACAUUGAAUCCUGGCAAGAGAUGUAUCAAGUCUUCCGUCAACAAGAACCCGAGAAAACAGAGACGCUCAUGUAUUGGCACACAUGUGCAGCAGCAGCUGUUGAGAUUAUAUGUCUUUCAGAGGCCAUGGGUGAUGUUGUGAGUCGACUCAUGGGACAAUACAUCUUCCCUGGAGCAGCGACUAGUCAAUUGAAUAAGAAGAUAACAUAA